ACAUUCAGUAAAUAUUUAUUAAACUUUUUAUGUGUCCAGUGCUGUGCCAGGUGCUGUGGGGAAACAGAUGAAAAAGAAUGUGUAACUCUGCCUUAAAGGAGCUUACAGCCUAGCUUGAGUAGAAAAGACUUAAAUGCAUGAAAAAUUCAGUAACUCUAUAAGAGACAAAUAACAAGGGAGACUGUUAAGAGCUAGCACCACUGGGCAGUGCAUGAGUACGUACUCUGUUAAGGGCACAGUGCUGAGUUUUGUUAUGGAAUGGGCCUACAGAUGGCUAUGCAUUCUGGCUGCAUCAACUCUUUUUAUUAAAGAGAUCCCGAGCAAGGGAGAGGGGAAGUAAAGGACAUAAGAAUGGACCUGGCUUCAGUCUGUUGGCAAAUCGCGGUGAAGAGAACUAAGCCCCAGUCUCCCCAAAAGACACGCCUCCUUCUUUUUGCCUUUUCUUUCCUUUUCCAUACACAGUCUUCUCUUAAGGUUUCCCAGACCUUGCCACUACCUUGGACAGCUCCAGGUCUCUAGGCUUCCUUCCGCUGGUGGAGAGCCCAUUUGCCCAAUACCAAAGGAACCCAGGGGACCCGGCAAACUCCAAGAACCGCAGGAGACUUCUCCUCAAUGUCCAGACUCAGGCCCUGAGAUUACUGCUGGUGACUGUUGCAUCAGGCUCUCAACAAAAUACACAAAUACUUCAGAGAUGGUCCUUUCCUGAACUCGGAUUCCCAUACUGGGCUGUGGGUAGCCGAAGAUCAUAGGUCAAAAGAUUUUUUUUUUCCUUUAGUGUCUGAUCAUGACAAACUCUCUUUUCCUUUGAGGGAUGCCUUCAGUAACUACGGAACACCAAUCUUAUAGCUAAUGAGUGGGGAGGAGGGGUGAUUUAGAGAUUGCCUUUAGAGAUGUCGGAGCUGGAGGGUGGGGGGGUCAGGGGUCAAGAGCCUUUUUUUUUUUUUUUUUGGUCCCUGGGGCUGCAAUGGGAGGAGCUGCAGUUUGGAGGGCCGACUCGGGAGAGGGCGGCGUAGGGGAGGGAGACGAGGAAGAGUGGGUACUCGGGCUGAGCGCCGGCAGCUACGGGGUUACUUGGUCCCGCGCAACUGCGGGCUCAGCCUGGGCCCCGAGAGAGAUCCAGACCUCAACCCGGAUCUGCCGCGCCUCAUCUACCUCUCCUGGUCCAGGCUCAGCGCCCCGCGCCCCGCCCACCCCACCCCACUAAGGGCGCGCCUGGGCUAGGCGGAGCCGUCAGGAAAAGCUUCCAGAGCUGGGAGUCCGCAGCCAGAUCCCUGGCGAAAGACAAGAAGACUCUCGGACGCCUGGGUCCCCAGUCCAAAUCGGAGCAUCAGGGUUCCUCACAGAGCCUCCACCUAGAGAGGACUUGCUCCGACCACCUGCACUUCGAUCUCUCCCUCCGGUUCGGCCAAUCUCGCCCCCCACUUUCUCUCGGAGUCAAACACACCCACCCACCCAUCCAUCCCCACCCCCCCGACAUGGGCAGAAGCUUGGAUGGAGAGGCCCCCAUUGCGGUUGGAUCCCAGGGCCCGGGCGCUGGGGCGCUCCGCUGAGACCAAUCCCACGGCGCAGCUCUACAGCACUAGAAGCGCUCGGGUGCCAGCCCUCCGGUUUGGGGAAGAUCAACCGGGAUAAUCUGCUGAGGGCACUCAGCUCGGGUAGGCGCAACUGCCCCGCCCCUUGGCUCGGCUCAGCGCAGCGCAGGACGCCCCGUCGGAUUCCCCCGCCCGUCCGAGUCCGGCCCCCGCAACACUGCACCCAGACGCCACCUCCCGGAAUCCCGCUCGCAGUCCGCGCCAGGGACCCAGGGACCGGAGCCUCCCCCGGUCCUACCCGCACCGGCUUGUUUUCCUUCUGCAGGCGCCGCCGCCUCGCCCAGCCCAGCCCCUCCCCCCACCCCUCCCCCCUCUCUGCGCUGGAUUUAUGAAUGGGGGGAAGAGGCCACAUGCCGCCACCGCCGGGGCCGCUGCCGCUGCCUCUGCCGCCGCUGCUGCUGCCUCGUGUUGACCCAGAGCAGCUCGGGCAGGCGGAGCCGCUGCCGUGAGAGCAUCGACCCGGCCCCAGCAGCCUCUGCUGCGAGGACUUGUUGCUGCUGCGCUACCGCUGCCCCUGCUGCCCCUGCCGCCCCUGCCGCCGCCUCUGUUGCUGCUCCUAGCUUGGAGGAAGGCGCUCCCGGGUCUUGGUGCGGGUCUGGCUGCGAGAGUGCGGCUCCGACUCCGUGGAGCUGCGGGCUUGAGGGUCCGACCACUAGAGUGAGGCUCGGCUGGGCUGUGUGUGCGCGAGCCCCUGGCCCUAGCUGGUGCGGCUGCGGACGCCACUCUGCCCUUUGCAGGGUGGUGGGGGUGGGGGUGGGGGUGUGUCGCGGGUCCCUGAGAGUCUGCCCGGGGGUUCCUCUGUGUGUGUGUGUGUGUGUGUGUGUGUGUGUGUGUGUGUGUGUGCCACUGUGGGGUGAGGGGAAGGAGUGUAUGUGUGUGUUUUGAGUGUGCCCCUGUGGAAAGGAGGCUCUGUGUGUGUGUGUGUGUGUACGUGAGCUCGCGUGCCCCUGCUUCUGUGUCCCUUUUUCUGGCCCUCAGUUUUCCUCUCCCCCCCCCCCCUCCCCGCUGCCUAGCGCUCUCUCUCUCUCUCUCUCUCUCUCUCUCUCUCUCUCUCUCUCUCUCUCUCUCUCUCUCUCUCUCCUCUCUCUCCCUCUCUCCUUCUCCCUCUCUCUCUCUCCCUCUCUCCCUCCCCCCCUCUUUCUCUCUUCCUGGCUGUCUCUGCCUCCCCAAAGCCCCAACCACCUGUGCAUCUGAGAAACCUAACUCCUUUCCUCGGAGCCUCAGGGACUUUUGCCCUGGGGGGAGGGGGGGAGGCAGGGGCCGAGGCAUACCGCCGGGUAGGGGCUACCUGCCUGUCUCUUUCCUCUUCCUCCUUUCCCUGCACCCCCCCAUUCCCCCUCCUCUCCUCCACCCCCCCCCCCCCAGUCUGACGCUUCCUCCUUGGGAAGGGUGUUUAGAGGGCAGCGGCCGCCCCAAGCCGGAGCCCCGCAGCGCUUCUUAUGAUCAGCUCGGUGUGUGUCUCCUCCUACCGCGGGCGUAAGUCGGGGAACAAGCCUCCGUCCAAAACAUGUCUGAAGGAAGAGAUGGCCAAGGGCGAGGCGUCGGAGAAGAUCAUCAUCAACGUGGGAGGCACGCGACAUGAGACCUACCGCAGCACCCUGCGGACCCUCCCCGGCACUCGCCUCGCUUGGCUGGCGGACCCCGACGGAGGGGGCCGGCAGGACCAGGAUGGAGGCGGUGGCCGGGCGGGGAGCAGCAGCAGCUGCGGUGCGGGAGGCGGCAGCGAGUUUUUCUUUGACCGGCACCCGGGAGUCUUCGCCUACGUCCUCAACUACUACCGCACCGGCAAACUGCACUGCCCCGCCGACGUGUGCGGCCCGCUGUUCGAGGAGGAGCUCACCUUCUGGGGCAUCGAUGAGACCGACGUGGAACCCUGCUGCUGGAUGACCUACCGCCAGCACCGAGAUGCGGAGGAGGCGCUGGACAUCUUCGAGAGCCCCGACGGCGGCCCUGCAGCCGGUGAGGAGGCCGGUGAGGACGAAAGGGAGCUGGCCCUGCAGAGGCUGGGCCCUCACGAGGGUGGCAGCGGAGCCGGCCCUGGGGGAGCAGGUGCCUGUAAAGGAUGGCAGCCGAGGAUGUGGGCACUUUUCGAGGACCCCUAUUCGUCUCGGGCUGCCAGGGUUGUGGCUUUUGCUUCUCUCUUUUUUAUCCUUGUCUCCAUCACCACAUUCUGCUUGGAGACGCAUGAGGCCUUCAACAUUGACCGCAAUGUGACGGAGAUCCACCGAGUGGGGAACAUCACCAGUGUGCGCUUCCGGAGGGAGGUGGAGACAGAGCCCAUCCUGACCUACAUUGAGGGUGUCUGCGUCCUUUGGUUCACCUUGGAGUUCCUGGUGCGGAUCAUCUGCUGCCCAGACACACUGGACUUUGUCAAGAACCUGCUGAACAUUAUAGACUUUGUGGCCAUCCUUCCUUUCUAUCUGGAGGUGGGACUGAGUGGACUCUCUUCCAAAGCAGCCCGGGACGUGCUGGGCUUCUUGCGUGUGGUCCGCUUUGUCCGAAUUCUCCGCAUUUUCAAGCUCACCCGCCAUUUUGUUGGCCUUCGGGUUUUAGGUCACACUCUCCGAGCCAGCACCAAUGAAUUCCUGUUGUUAAUCAUCUUCCUGGCUCUGGGUGUCCUCAUCUUUGCCACCAUGAUCUACUACGCCGAGAGGAUCGGGGCCAAGCCAUCGGACCCAAGAGGCAACGACCACACUGACUUCAAGAACAUCCCCAUUGGCUUCUGGUGGGCUGUGGUCACUAUGACAACACUGGGUUAUGGAGACAUGUACCCCAGGACGUGGUCAGGGAUGUUAGUGGGGGCACUGUGUGCAUUGGCUGGGGUACUCACCAUCGCCAUGCCUGUCCCCGUCAUCGUCAACAACUUUGGCAUGUACUACUCCCUUGCCAUGGCCAAGCAGAAGCUCCCCAAGAAGAGGAAGAAACAUGUGCCCCGACCCCCCCAGCUUGAGUCACCAGCCUAUUGCAAGUCAGAGGAGACAUCACCCCGAGAUAGCAUCUUCAGUGACUCUAGUCCCCCAGUGGGGGAAGAAGGCAUGUUGGAGAGGAAACGGGCAGAUUCCAAGCAAAAUGGAGAUGCAAAUGUGGUGCUGUCAGAUGAGGAAGGGGCCUGCCUUACCCAGCCCCUGGCCUCAGCCCCAGAGGAGCGAAGGGCCAUGCGCCGUUCCAGCACCAGGGACAAGAACAAGAAAGCAGCCACCUGUUUUCUGCUCAGCCCUGGAGACUAUGCCUGUGCUGAUGGCAGUGUCCGAAAAGGUACUUUGCAAUCCAGUGACUCAGAUCUUCUUGCUGCUCCUCCAACAAGAAACUCCGACUCCUAACGGUGGGCAUUUUUGCCUGUGCCUGGAAGAAUCUUCCUUUGCAUCUCCACUUCCUGACUUCUGUGGCUUCCAUCAAGACCCAGCUAAAAUCUGACCUCAUACAGGAGGAAAUGGAUCCUCCUUGAUUCUAGUUUCUUCUCUUUGUUGAUUAUCUCCAUUUUGUCCUGUACACCGUUUGUUUGUACAGAAUUAUUUUAGAGUAAUUUUUUUAGAGUAUUAUUAUUAUUAUUAUUAUGUAGAGAAUUAUUUUAGAGUAAAUUGUUUCCUCCAUUUGACUGUGAGCUCCUUAAGAGCAGGGUCUAUCUAUUGUCUUUCUUCAUUUCCCCAACCGUUAGCUUGUUGCCUUUGACUGAUUAAAAAAAUUCCUUACCUUCUAUCUUAGAAUUAAUACUAAGUUUUGUUUCUAAGACAGAAGAGUAAUAAGGGUGAGGAAAUGAGGGUUAAGUGACCUGCCCAAGGUCACACAGCUAGGAAGUGUCUGAGGCCACAUUUGAACCCAAGUCCUCUCAGACUUCGGGCUUGACACUCUAUCCAUUCUAUUCAUCUAGCUACCCCUUCUACGUCUUUAAAAUAGAGAGAUCUAUUCUUUUAUUUCCUACCUCACAUAGGUGUGAAGAGAAUACUUUGUAAACCUUCAAGAGUUAUAUAAAUAUGAGCUGCUAUUAUUAUAGGACUAAUCAUUGACAGGGAUCUUAAAAAUGUCCUAGUCCAGGGAUAGCUAGGUCGCUCAGUGGAUAGAGAGCCAGGCCUAGAAAUGAGAGGUCCUAGGUUCAAAUGUGGCCUCAGAAACUUCUUAGCUGUGUGAUACUGAGCAAGUUGUUUAAUCCCAAUUAUCUUGUCCUUUCUGCUCUUCAGCCUUGGAACUAAUGCUAUAUUGAUUCUAAGAUUCUAAGGGUUUUAACAUUUAAAAAUCUUCUAGUCCAAGCCCAUGAUUUUAUAAAUGAAAAAAUGGAGACCUAGAGAAGGGAAACAACUUGAACAAGGUAAUUGUCUUGAUCUGUGGUCAUCUUAUAUAUAUAUAUAUAUAUAUGUAUAUAUAUAUAUAUACAUAUAUAUAUAUAUAUAUAUAAUCUGCCAUUUUUCCAUCUGUGAAAUGGGGAUAAUGUUUCUUAAGCUAAGGAGGAGGAGAAAGGGGAAGAGAAGGAUGAAGAAAAAUAGAAAAAAAAGGAAAGAGAGAGAAACCCCUAAAGCCUGCCAAUCAAUAUUGAAAACACAGAGACUGAUGAGUUAAGGACCUCAUGCCCCUCUUUCAUCAAUCAUGGGUAGGAACUGGGAGGGGAGGGAGGAGAAAAGGAGGAAGAGAUAGUCAUGGAAUAUACCAUCUUCUUAGUUUAUUUCCAACCACACCUGUGAGUAAAUUCUCUCAAGAGCCAAGAAAAGUCCUCACACCUGCAAGAGAGUUGAAAGAACAGAAGCAAUGAAGCGAAAGCAAGCUCAUCAGAGUGACUUCAACGAAAUUCAGAACAGGUGGAGGGAGAUGCAUCAGCUAAGGCGACCAGGAUGGAGACAGAGUGAGUGGGGCUGUGGCACUAAGGCAGAGGAAGGCAAAGCCUCAAAAUUAUCUGCAUGUACCCAAAAUAGAACAGCUGGGCAAAAUCCUGGCUGUUUGGGUGUUUGCUGAGCUGAGCUUGUAUGGGAAUAGGACAGGUCAGAAAAAAAUGGUUGUUUCCCCUAUAUAGGUAGGUCAGACUAGUUUUAGGGAAGUGUUUUAUUCUAGUUCCAAAAGAGACGGGAUGUGGAACAGAAGGGACUUUAGGGUGAGGGAGCUCCCUCUACCAAUGCAGAUAGAUAAGCAACCAUUCUCAGCUUAGAGAGCUAUCUGGAAGCACUGAGAGGUUAACUCAGGUAUCUUAGCAUCAUGGAGCCAGAGAGUGUUAGAGGUGGGACUUGAGCCCAAGUCAUCCUGAUUUCAAGGUCAACCCUACUCAAGUCUUCCUUGUCUGGAGACCAGCUUUCUAUCUAGAGUCCCAAAAUUCCAAAGGGUGGUUGAACCAAAUUAAAAUGUCAUUGGGCAUAGGGAGCAGCAAGGUGGCUCAGUGGAUUGAGAGUCAGACCUAGAGAUGGGAAGUCCUGGGUUCAAAUCUGAUGACCUCAGACACUUUCUAGCUGUUUGACCCUGAGCAAGUCACUUAACCCACAUUGCCUUGUGCACCACUUAGCAGCAUCCUUCAUUGAAAGCUUCAGUUCUAGAUCAUCCUUGUGUAUUUUUGCUAAAUCUACCAACAUUUGGGAAGCUGCAAUUAGAUUCUCCAUCACUUCUGCCUUGGAACCAAUACACAAUAUGGAUUGUAAGACAGAAGGUAAAGGUUUGUUUUUUUUUAAUGUCAUUGGGAAAUGUUUUAAAAAAUAAAUAAAAAUAUAAUAUAACAUA